AUGGCGAGACUGAAGAUGUCGCUGUCAAGCUUGAAGGUGCUGGCGCUGGGCGCAUUAUCGUUAUCGCCAUGUCUAGUAUCUGCACAGCAGAACUACACCCAGGAGGAUAUGCUGCGGGCACAGCUCACGCUCUUGACUGGUCGUCCAGAUGACUGCCCCCCGUGCUUUAACUGUCUCCUCCCGGCUUAUCAGUGCGGCCAGUUCUCCGAAUGCAACGAGUACAACGGAAAGUGCGAAUGUCCUGCUGGUUUUGGUGGUGAUGAUUGUCUGGAACCGACUUGCGGAUCCCUCGCCCGCGGAAAGGACCGGCCCAUGCGACAAGGCGACUCGUGCGGCUGCGACGAUGGCUGGUCCGGCAUCAACUGCAAUGUCUGUACCGACAACAAGGCUUGCAACGCUUUGAUGGAGACGGGUGCCGACGGCGUGUGCUAUGCCAACGGUGAAGUCGUCAAACAGAACCAUCAGAUGUGCGACGUGACCAACGACAAGAUAUUGUCUAUGCUCGACGGCAAGAUCCCACAGGCCACUUUCACCUGCAAGAAGGAGGAAGCUAUCUGCGAUUUCCAGUUCUGGAUCGACCGUCUCGAAUCCUUCUACUGCCACCUCGAGGAGUGCGAGUCUAGCGCCGAUAUCGAUUCCAACAAGAACAGCACCUACUACAAAUGCCCAAAGGUCGAGUGUUCCUGCAUCCCUGAUCGAAUGCUCUGUGGUCAGGAUGGCUCCAUCGACCUCACAGACUUCUUGGCCGAGGGCAUCACCGGGCCUGCUCAGUUCGAGUGUCUCCAAGAGAGCGGCGGAGCGAACAGGUGCAAGUUCAGGGAACCCGAGCUCGACGGCAUGGUGAGGAGCAUCUUCGGCGACCCCAGUAUUGAGCUGAGCUGCCGCUCCGGAGAGUGUCUCUAUGCCACCGAGAUCCCUGGCUACCAAAAGCCCAUCAAGCCAAUCAACACGCCACUCAUUGCAGGCGUCAUUGCUGGUUGCUCCUUGUUCCUCGUCGCUGUCAUCCUCCUCAUCUGGUAUCUCUCCCGACGAUCCAGCCAGUACCAGCCUCUCUCAUUGGACGACUCUGAUGACGAGGCCAUUAAGCUCAUGACUGACCACACACCCGCAUCUCUCUACUUCUCUGAGGUGGCAUACGACCUGAGCGGAAAGCGCAUUCUCCAAGACAUCCAAGGUGUCGCGCAUCCCGGCGAAAUCACUGCCAUUAUGGGUGCUUCUGGUGCUGGCAAGACCACUUUCUUGGAUAUCCUGGCGCGAAAGAACAAGCGCGGAAAUGUGUCCGGCAACUUCUACGUCAACGGCGAGAAGGUCGACGAUGCUCAGUACAAGAACGUCGUUGGCUUCGUUGAUCAGGAAGACACCAUGCUUCCUACUCUGACUGUGCACGAAACCAUCCUCAACUCAGCUUUGCUCAGGCUUCCCAAGGCCAUGAGCCGUGCUGUGAAGGAACAGAGGGUAUACGAUGUUAUGAAGCAGCUUGGCAUCUACCACAUCCGCGAAUCCUUGAUCGGCUCUGAAGAGGGCAAAGGACGGGGUAUCUCUGGCGGAGAAAAGAGACGUGUCGGCAUUGCGUGUGAGCUCGUCACUAGCCCUUCGAUUCUCUUCUUGGAUGAGCCCACCAGUGGUUUGGAUGCCUACAAUGCCUUCAAUGUCAUCGAGUGUUUGGUCACUCUCGCAAAGACGUAUAAGAGAACUGUUAUUUUCACCAUUCACCAGCCCAGAUCAAACAUUGUAGCCUUGUUCGACCGUUUGGUUCUGCUUGCGCAAGGAAGAACUGUCUAUUCUGGACCGUUUGCUAGCUGCCAGGACUACUUUGACCGCAUUGGCUACUCCUGUCCUCCUGGUUUCAAUAUCGCGGACUAUCUGGUUGAUCUCACCAUGCAUGCCAGUUCUUUUGAGCCUUACGACGAUGAUGCUUUCAAUAACGAUUCCGGUAGCAUCGGCCCCAGCAGCACCGCUGCUGUCAAAUCAAUCCCUAGUAUCUCGGGCAACAGCACCGCUGAGGCUAGCGUCUCAGAUGAGCCAUCCUCGAGCCGGCCGAGACCUAAACGGAAAGACUCUAUUCGAGCGCGACAAGAGCGAGAACUCUUUACUCGUCGCAGGAGUACGGUCAAUACGGUCGAUACAGCCGCCUCUUCAGAUGUGGAUGAGGAGAUUGGAGCGUACAAGCUUCACAAACAGCAACCACCUCCGCACGUCAAUAUUGAUGAGGCGCAUGAUCUACCUCCAUCAGUUGGUAGCGGUACCGACCUGGACGAGUUGCAUCAAGCAUACAUGGAGUCCGACGUUGCAGAAAACACUCUCGAUGAGAUCCAGCAAGCUUUGGACAACGCCCGAAACGCCAAUGGACAAAACGGCUACACCCCUGAAGGUCCGAAUGUCUACACCGGUGCUAUUGGCAAAGGCUACGCUCGCGUCGGCUAUGGUCGGCAGUUCAUCAUCUUGUCCGGUCGUACUUGGAAGAACCUCUACAGAAACCCGCUAUUAAUGCUGACUCAUUACGCCAUUGCAAUCGUCUUGGCUGUGUUUGCCGGGUACCUUUUCUUUCACCUUACCGACGACAUCCCAGGUUUCCAGAACCGGCUGGGUCUCUUUUUCUUCUUGCUCGCACUAUUCGGAUUCAGCACAUUGACCAGCUUGAACGUCUUCUCUGCGGAGCGUCUUCUCUUCGUGCGUGAACGUGCGAAUGGUUACUAUUCACCAUUUACGUACUUCGCGGCCAAGGUGCUCUUCGACAUUGUUCCGCUGAGAAUUAUUCCUCCUAUCAUCAUGGGUGUUAUCAUUUAUCCCAUGACGGGUCUGAUUCCCGACGCGUCACACUUCUUCACCUUUAUGCUUGUUCUGGUGCUUUUCAAUCUGGCUGCGGCGGCCAUCUGCCUCUUCAUUGGUAUUGUCUGCAAGGACGCCAGUGUCGCGAACUUGAUUGGAUCACUGGUUAUGCUGUUCUCGCUGCUCUUUGCCGGCCUGCUGCUUAACCACGAUGCCAUUCCGAAGCCGGCGCAGUGGCUUCAGUCGCUAUCGAUCUUCCACUACGGUUUCGAGUCGCUGAUUGUCAACGAAGUCAUCAAACUUGAACUUGUGGAUAAGAAGUAUGGUCUUGACAUUCGCGUUCCCGGCGCCACAAUCUUGUCAAGCUUCGGUUUCGACAACGGCGCACUAUGGAUGGACGUGAUGAACUUGGGCGUUUUCGCCGCCGUGUUUGUUGUGCUUGCGUACGCUGCUAUGCAUUUCCUGCUUGUCGAGCGAAGGUGA